UCUUUUUAUCUAUUUGGGGAUUUUUCACAAAUCCACUCACCAAAAUUCACUUUCUUCCAAUUUCAAUUUUACCUUCCUCAUCACCCACCGUCCGCUGCCGGCGUCGCCGCCACCGCAACCUCUACUUCCACCUACACCUCAAUUGCUCCUCCAGACCUCUACGUAUUUCAAAAAAAUCCGGUUUUUAGGGUUUAUAUUCAGCUCCUUGUUGAUCCUUGCAGCGGGUUAAUUGGAUUGAAAUCAGAAGGAAUCAAUGCUAGUAAUUGUCGGUAUAUUACUGCUUUUCGGUCUCGUAGUUCGGCACAAGUGGCGGAAUGGCGCGGCGAAGAAGGAGGCGAUUCUGAGGCUGGUGGCCGUCACCUCGGAAGAAGAAGCACAAAUUGCCAAGCUCCAGGCUAUUGAACAGUACAAUUCGCAGAGCGUAGAGUACACGCCGCAGCCAAGUAAUACGCCGCACCUCGAAUCGCAGCAUUUCUGCGCCGUUUGUCGCUGCCCCACCACCACUAGGUGUUCUAGGUGUAAAGCUGCUAGAUACUGUUCUGGUAAGUGCCAAAUAAUUCAUUGGAGACAAGGCCAUAAAGAUGAGUGCCAACCACCAGUUGCCUUGUAUGCUACAAAGAAAAGUGAAUAUGUUGUGGACACAGCUCCAGAAAAUCAGUUAAGCAUGCAUUUAAAAAAUGAAAGUAAAAAUUGUUCAGAUCCCAGCGAGGAGUGUGAUGAUUCAGCAUCCUCAGGCAGCUCAAUGUCUUCCUUCUUUUCUUCCACCAAUCAAAGUGACUCGUCAGCUGCUGCUUCUACUAAUGAGGACGUUGAGUGCCAGCCAACUAUUGCAUUACCUGCUAGAAUGGAAAGUGAAUCUGUUGUGGAAACAGCUCCAGAAAUUGCUAUGCAUUUGAAAGCUGAAACUAAGAUUUCAGAUCCCAGGGAAGAAUGUGAUGAUUCAAGAUCUUCAGGUAGUUCAGUGUCUUGCUUCUUGUCUUCUACCGAACAAAGUGAAACAUCUCCUGAUACUUGCACUAAUGGGGUUAUCAAGUCAGGAACUCAUAGCAGGCCAGAUAAAGCACCUUCAGUUGGAACUGAUUCGUACAUCCCAGAUAUGGUUUCCUACAUUGAUGAUGCAAAUGCACUAAGUACGUCUCAUCCUGCUUGUUCGGUUAACAAGAUUGAUGAAAGCCUCAAGUCAACAGACUUAAAAGAUAAAAGAAAAGGGGGUGGAUUUUCUGUGAGAGAAGAAUUUUUAUCUGCUGCAUCUGAGUUGGGAAGUCAACCAACUAGUUCUGCAAGGACAUCUUCAACUGGCGAUUGGGGAAACCCAGUGCAGACAUCCAUGAGUAGAGUAAUGAGGUCAAAAUCUGCUAAGACCCCGGGCAAUAAUGAAAUCCAAAAUAUAGUCCGGGGUUCAGAAUACUCAAAAUCGUCAAAGUUAUCACAAUCCCAUGACUACAAGAAAAAUGAAGUUUGCACUGGUAAGGAAACAAAAUCUGUGGCAAUGUCUAUGAGUUCAGGCAAGUGUCAGAAGAUGCAUACUGAUGCUGAUACCCCUGAAGCUAUUUCAUUAGAAACUGAAGGUGUUCGAAUUUUGUCGCAAUCUACUGGCAAAGGUCUGAAAUCAUCAGUUCGGAAACUUGCACAACAUUUUCGAGUUCCCAAGCAAUCAAAGUCCUAUACACUUGAUGUUGUCAAGGAUUCUAGUGACAGUCAUAACAAUAAGGUCAUAUUUCCCAUUAAGCUUUUCAUUCAAUUAUACUCUUCCGAAAAUGUGGGACUUCAUCCGUUUGGCCUUGCUAAUUGUGGAAAUAGGUGGGUGUCAAAG